AUGGGUAAACAACAAAGUAGGCCACAAGAAGAAAAAAUUGUGAUAGCCCAGAAUGGUGCGGGCAACGGCGCGGCGGCUUCGGCCGUAGAGAACCAAUAUUCAUACAGUAAAUACGAGUUCUAUUUGUUGUUUAUCAUCAUAUGUAUUCUGGCAGCAAUGCUUUAUUUACUAUGGAAACGCUGCAAAGUCAGCUACGCUCGUUACAUGAGACGAGAACUCCAGGACCUGCCGAUGGUCGACAGGCGCAGCGAUGCUCAAUGCGUAACCAACCGUGCACCUCCAACACCGUCGCGAGUGAUUAUAUAG